AUCAGAUAGGCUCAAAGUUUAACAUUGAUUAAUUUUCCAUCAGUGGGAGUGAUAUUCUGAAGUCAACGGGUGACCUCACAUUGUACAUAUAAAUGCGGCCCGCAGUGAUCGGACUUUCAGUUUGUAUCGUUAGUGCUUGCUUCAACAUUGUCGUGGUAAAUAGUAUGUUUAGAGAAUACAAUAAAGGAGACACUGAACGCGACUGCUCGCAGUCUGAGGUUUUCCACACUUACCCUGAUCACUUCAGGGAAAAGUUCUUAAAAUUUCAUGAGACAUUCUCUUCAGUAUCAUGAAGAAUAUGUGAAAGAGUCUACCAUCUCGUUGGAAUUGUAAAUAGAGUAUAAUAGAGUAGAUAUAACAUUGAUGUAGAAUACAAAUAAAAAUAAAGGGAAAAGCGAAAAAUUGUCUGAAAUGGUGACGUCAGAUGAUUCACGCAUUCCUUUGGCAGCAAAGCUGCUGACAGCUGGAUCAGCAGCUUGCUUUGCUGAUUUAGUUACGUUCCCGCUAGAUACAGCCAAAGUCCGGAUGCAGAUCGCUGGGGAAACUCGGGGUGGUCUCCUAGCGGCUACGAAUGGCUCUCACGUGGCUGUCAACACAACUCAACCCGGGUUACUUCGCACGAUUGUAAAUAUUGUCAGACUUGAGGGAGCAAGAAGUCUGUACGGAGGACUGUCAGCAGGUCUUCAACGUCAAAUGUGUUUCGCCAGUGUGCGCAUAGGUCUCUACGACAGUGUGAAAUCCUUCUACGGCAGUCUUCUUCACGGUGACAGUCCCACGAACAAUUCCUUAAAUUUUGGAAUUUGUGUGGCAGCUGGAAUAACGACUGGAGGUUUGGCUGUACUGGUUGCCCAGCCUACUGACGUCGUCAAGGUCCGGAUGCAGGCAGGAAAUCGUGGCAAACCCACGGCACGAUACGUCUCAACAAUACAAGCGUACAAAAGCAUUGCAACGAGCGAAGGAGUUCCAGGACUCUGGAGAGGAACAAUUCCAAACGUAGCACGAAACGCAAUUGUUAAUGUUGCCGAGAUCGUGUGUUAUGAUAUUUUGAAGGAAAGCAUUCUGCAUCAUGAAAUUAUGCCGGAUGGAAUAAUGUGUCACUUUACAGCAGCUACUGGUGCUGGCCUUUGUACAACGAUCGUUGCUAGUCCUGUGGAUGUUGUAAAGACACGAUACAUGAACAGCGGUCCUGGUGAAUACAGAGGCGCCAUGGAUGCAGCAAUGAAAAUGCUAACGCAGGAAGGAUUUUUAGCAUUUUACAAAGGUUUCAUUCCCAGCUUUUCACGUCUUGUUUCCUGGAAUAUUGUUUUAUGGUUAACGUAUGAGCAACUAAAGAUUGUUGUUAAUGAACAGUGUAAGCAGUACAAGUUUUUAAUGUAAAUUCAAUAGUCACUUUGUUAUAGUAGAGCUGUAUUCUCAGUGAAGUAGAUGAGAUGAUUGCCGUACAAAAGACCGUUUAUUGUGAUUAAUAUCUCUGAAGAUGCUGCGGUGAAUUAGAGAGAUAAUGCAAGAUCGAGGUUCAGUAAUGAAUCAGUGUUAGAGCAAAAUGCACUCGAGCAAAUAGAUUUUUCAUAGCUAAUAACAGGGACCUUGCAUAUUUUUUUAUUCCUGUUUUGUCAAGACUAGGACCCAAAUAAAGAAUAUAUAUUUUUUAAUCGUA